UAACACAACCUCGUGAAUGCCAUGCACAUACAUCUCGGGUUCAAGUAGUCGCAGUUUCAGUUCUGGAUCUCAUCCCAUCCCAUCCCAUCGAUCAGUUUCGCUAGUUUUCCGGGCGUGAAAUUCUCAUAUGAUCCAUAUAUCCAUAGAUCGGUGCAUUUUUGCAAUACUUAGUAUGUAGGGUGUGAGUGGCUGACGGAUCAUAUUGGUGAAAAAAUGAGGAUGACUCGAAGUUAAAGCACCUACGCGGAAGUGACGAGGACUGAUUAACGCCUGCAGAUCACCUCUCCAAAUCCACGAGUGAUAGUGCAAUAACUUGUUACACAGGUGCUAAUGCAACCUCCGUUGAAGUAGUGCUUCGGUGCAACUGCAGUAGUUCAGGUGGUGCGCGAACCUUUGUUGUCGGCUAGACUGCCUGCAAGUGAAAAGUGGUGCUCAGUUCUCGCACAGAAGGAGUUACUCAACUGCAUAAAGCAAAGAUUUGAUGGAGUUGCUGAAAGUAAAGACAUUGAGAAUUAUGGAUUCGAGACUAUGAAUAAAACUAAUGGAUUUAGAGAAAAAGCGGGUGCCAGCACUUCGCUCUAUAAUAAAGAGCACAUUAAAUCAAAUCAACGAGGCUCAACUUCGGGUCUUUCAUUUUUAAAGUGGUUUAAGAAAACCGAAAAAUCAUCCGUCGAUUCGAGAUGUUCUACCAAAUCCAUAGAUCGUAACUUUCAUCGUCCCAAGCAUCAUCGUAACAAUAGUCAUGAUACGCUCAGCCCAUCAUCUAGUCCUAAUCUUGAAUAUUUAUCGCCAAGUUCAAGCUGUGAUAGUAUAGACAGUACAUCGACAACGGGGUUUGCUUUUAUAAAACCAAAUAAUUACAGACCACCCAAUGAUAUAGCUCGAAGGACAUUUUUCACUCAAGAGUUCGAUGAAACUAUUUCAUGCAGAACAGCAAAUACAGCUCAACCAGAGUUAACUCUCAGAAGGAAGUAUUGUCUAUAUGAUGCUGACACGCUCACUUCAACUGAAGGAGAUUAUGACAAUAUUCGUUUCGGAGAUAGAAGUCUUCCACAUUUAAGAAACAAAUCGAAAGGAGAUCAAAGAACUUUACGACAAAGACGUAGGACCAGACGAACCGUCAGUGAUAGCUCCAAAGAUAAAAGGUCUGGUGCUUAUGUUCAUGUUAAAGGAAAACGAAAAGCUCCGCCACCGCCAUCACACUUAACCAAUGGAACUACUAGCAAAGAAAGUCCAAGCAAAUCACUAAAUACAUUGGGUCGAAAGAAGCGGAAAGCUCCUCCUCCACCAAAUUCACCAGCAACACCACUUUCAACCAAUUCUCCGAAUCAAUCUUUCCAAUUAGGCGAUUCAGUGAACGACAUGGAUUUGAAGGCAUUGAUCAGAAAUUCAACCCCAAAUCCUCGGGUAACAGAAAGUUCAGAUGUAGUGAUCAUGCGACAUUCGACACCGCUACCCUCUCGUGAAAAGGAAGAUCUUUCUGCAGCCCAAAAGCUUACUGAACAGCAAAAACAAAUCGUCUUAGACAACAUCGUUAAAGUUACCCAAUCUGCAUCUUCUAGUGAAGUUGAAAUCAACGCGGCACCACCUCAAUCGCCGAUUUCCCCAAGACCAUGGUAUAAACGGCCAAUAUCAAGUCACCGGGAUAGCUCUGUUCCAUUCAAGCGUGAAAUUGUUCUGAAAACUAUGGAGAAACGUAAAAGUAAGCAAAAAGAAAAAACCCCUAAGCCGGAAAAAUCAUCUGAAGUGAAUCAUUCACGGUCAUCACUCUUUGAAGCCUCUUCUAAGCUCAGUCUUUUCUUACGUGGAAAGGAUCAUACGGAAAAGGACAAAGAGAAACGACGAUCAGGAAUCGGCAUACCCAACAUUAGUGAGUUGGACCGAGAAGCUGCUGAGAUAGUAAACCGAGAAUAUGCUUGCGCUCAGGCAGCCGAGAAGUCUGAAACUGAAAAAUUCUUUUCUAAGUCUGAUCAUAUAACACUGCAGCAGGAAAUGUUCGGUUCCAAAUCCAAUAUUAACUCGAGUAAAGAAGAAGCAAAGGAAGAAGAACAGGAGGAAGUGAUACAAUCGACCAAAGACUUGAUUUCGAAAUUUGAAGCAUCUGCCAAUGGACCUCGCAUUACUCUAAAUACAUCAUUCAUUGGACGGAAGGAUAAUUUCAUCAAACAAAGUAGUAAGGACGGUGCUACUGAGACAAAACUAGAAACUUCUCAGAAUGAUAUUGAAACGGAAAAGACGGAAGUGUCAUCUUCACAGCAAAAAGAUAAUAUUGAGAAUGCUGUUUCCGAGAAAGGAGAAGCAGUCCUAAGACCUAAGCUCUCCUCGGAUAUAAAUCCAAUCAGGAUGUCAUGGACCUGCGGUUUCUGUACGUUAGAAAAUCCCGGUUGGCGAAUAAUUUGUGAAGUUUGCGAGCAUAUCAAGCCGUAUGAGAAGCGAACUAGUAUAGAAGAAGUUAAUCAAAAUAUCAAGGCGGCUGUUGCGAUCCCUACGAAAGAAGAAAACCUCAAUAAUAAUUUGAAUAGUCAAGUCAAUAAAACCGAACAGACCACUAACUGGGAUAAGAAAACUGAGAAAGUUUUGAAGUAUUUUAUGCCGAAAGCGGGAAAUAAUCCUCUCGCUAAAUCGUCCUCUGAAUCAUCAGUCGGAAAGCAUCAACUUUUCCGAAAAUCUCCAUCACCAAAUAAACCUCCCACUGGAUCACCUCAACUUGGCGUACGAAGUAAGCUAGCUAGGGUCAAUCAAACGGAUAAUAUGAAGCCUAUUGGAUUCACAAGUGGAUUCAAAUCGACGGGUACAAUACCCGAGGAAAAAGAGGGUAUGACUCCCUCUGAUGAAAAAAAGAAACCUCUAUUGGACAGCUCUGUAGUAGUCACAACCGUAACUCCUGUUUUUUACGCACGGACAACACUAGUCAAAAAUCCACAAGUGGCCACUCUUAGUGAAACCGAAAAAUUGCCUGCGAAAGGAGAAACAAGUAUCGAAGAAAAAGCAAUUCCUGAAUCUAAUGGCAAAACUGAAACCAGACAAGCUACGCAAAUUGAUCUCAAUGCUGAAGCAAUAGCACUUUCAAAAGAGGAAUCUACAGUUGAAACUACUACAUCUAUUAUUGAGCCAAAAAUUGAUGUUAAAGAAGUUAGAAAAGCACGCUUAGCCAAGUUUUCUGUUUCACAAGAGCCUGCAGUCUCUACCCAACCUAUUCCCAUAUAUGAUCAUAAUUCACUGGAACGAGAAAAGAAGCGCCUUCGAGAUAUGAUUCAAGCAAUGAAUGCAAAAGCUCUUGCUGAAAAAUAUCCUGCUUCGACUAACAAGAAACCACCGACCAUUGAAGAAGACCAAUCACAGACAACGACAACAGCUUCCACUACUAACAAUACAUCCACCGAAGCUACUAAUUCCCCUAACACUGAGAUGAAACCAACCCCACCCAACGAUCAAGCAAAAUUAGGAGCAAUUAAAAAGGUUUUCGCGAAAAAUCGAAACUCUGACGCACCUAAAAAGCUGUCAGAUGUUGACCUGGCCAAACCGAAAAAAGUAUCAACUUCUGCGCAAACCACUGGAGUUGUUAAGAAGUCUCUUACUCCUGAAGAUACAGACAAGCAGGGUUUGAAUAUCUAUGCUAACAUCCCCAUCUACGAAAAUAGUCCUCUAGAGAAAUUUGAUAAAAAUAUUAGACUAACAGAGAACGAUAGAGCAAAAAUGCAGGAGAUUUCACAGCAGUUGACCUCUGAGCAAGGAAUAAAUGAUUUCAAAGCAUCCCUACGAAAUCCACCGAAAGGCAUCAGUGCUACAGACACUAUUGCAUUGAGUAAGAUAAUGCGUAAUUUGGAGACGGCCAUCGCUGAAGGACAACAUGAAUUAGCUGCUCAAAUCGCUAUUGAUUUAGCGAGGAUGAAGGUUUCAUUGCAUGUUACUAAGCAGAAGGACCGGCCUGUUUCGCGAACGGACGCCGAUUUUGAGAAAAGUAUCAUAGUUGAUAUGUUCGUUGAAGAUAAAUACUCGCAAAAAGGUCCAAUACAAAUUGCAAUAACUCCACUUCUAACCAUCCUACAACUGAAACAAAAGAUUGCUACCGAUUUUGAUAUUCCAGUUGGUGUUCAGCGAUGGUCCAUCAAUGAUGAUCUUGCAAUGGACGACGAAAAAACUCUACUUGAAUUUGGUGUUAAAGACCAUACCCCGACAUUCUAUCUUUAUAUUGUUGCCCCUGAUGUCCAUUUCUAUGAAGUUAAAAAGUCAAAUGUUGAUAGUAAACCGUUACUUCCCAAGGUUAAUCAGCAGAAAGUCGAAACUCCCCCGAAGAUUGAAAGCCCAUCAAAAGUGGCAAAUGUACGCAAAACUAACAGCCCAACGAAAAAUGAAGUACAAGAAACGACUGAAUUGGGCGCAACAGCUCUUCCUGAAGCUGUUGUUGAGAAGCAGGCUCCUCCAACAACUUGGCAGUGCAACUUGUGUACCCUCAUAAACCCCAUAGAGCAUACAGCAUGCCUAGCUUGUACAAAGCCCAGACCAAAAGACCAACAACAACCAGAGCAACCAAUCAAGAAACCUGUAGUUCAGUUAAGACCAGCUGAGAAAAAGAAUGACCUUAACAAAACCAGUCCAAAUCGAAAAUCGACGGAUGUGUUCAAUAUUGUCGAUAUUAAAAUUGAUAUAAAAAAGACGGUCACCGACCAAAUCAAACCCAUACCAAAUGCUGAUAGUCCAAAUAUCUCAAAAACCAAAUAUCGAGGAGUCGAUAAUUUCAAUCCCAACCGGAAGAAAGGAGAAGCUCCUAAACCAGGUGCCCUGAAUAAAACUGGGAGAAAAUCGACGGUAGCACCGAGUCCACCAAAGAAAGCGGAACAGAACAAGAACCACUACUUAGAACUUUUAAGCUUAGACAACGCUGAUGUUGUACCAAACAUCGAAGCAUUCGAAUGUCCUAUUUGCUUCAUGAAUUUCGAGACUGGGCAAGGUGUCAUACUACGCGAUUGUUUGCACACUUUCUGUAAGGAAUGCCUUGCCCAUACGGUCCAGUACAGUGAAGAUGCAGAAAUUAAAUGUCCUUACAUGGAUACCGAAUAUAGUUGUGAUAGCGUUCUUCAAGAGCGAGAGGUUCGAGCGUUAGUCAGUAAGGAAAUAUAUGAAUUGCAUUUAGUCAAAUCAAUGAGAAUGGCAGAACAUCAGAUUGACAACGCGUUCCAUUGCAAAACGCCUAACUGUCGAGGAUGGUGUAUUUAUGAGGAUAACGUGAACCAGUUCAAAUGUCCUGUUUGUACGAUCACAAAUUGCCUUACUUGUCGGGUCAUUCACGACGGUCUCACUUGCAAACAGUAUCAGGAUAGACUUAACAGUGAUUGCGAUAGCAAUGCCGAUGCAAAGCAAACCAAAGAGAUGCUGGAACAGAUGCUGAAGAAUGGAGAGGCAAUGAAUUGUCCAACGUGCCAGGUCGUCAUGAUGAAAAAAUGGGGAUGUGAUUGGCUGAAAUGUUCCAUGUGUAAGACUGAAAUCUGCUGGGUUACCCGUGGUCCUCGUUGGGGUCCUGGUGGGAAAGGUGAUACAUCGGCCGGUUGCAGAUGUGGUGUUGAUAAUGUCAAGUGCCAUCCAAAGUGUAAUUACUGCCAUUAGAUUUUUAAAAUUGAUUUGAAAAAUGAGUGCGUUACAUUUACGGUAAUAGAAAAACUACUGUGUGCGGAGUCUGUAUUUUAAGUUUAUACUUUAAUGUUAAAUGACCAAUAUAUUUUGAGUUUGAGUGAAAUGCAUAUUUCCAUGAAAGAUCAAAUUUCUAGAUGUUUUUGAAACUAAAAUAUAUAAAUCAUGACAAUUCAAACUAUGAACAAAACAUUGAAAGAAAUACAUGCGCUUUUAUUUAA